AUGGGAAUUUUAGAACAAAUGCAGGAACAAGGAUGGUAUAUUACGGAGCCCGGUUUGGAAAAGCUAUUGGAAGGUGAAAAAAACGGAACUUCUGGUUCUCCGGAUGUGAAGCAGAUUGUGAAAUUAGCACUGCAUACGGAUUUGCGGGAGUACGGCGGAGGUGCCCUUAGCAGUCUCACAGCACGUGGAACAAAAGCGGAUGCCUUCGAAGGUAGCGGUGUGGUUCAGCUUGUUAAACUGCGCAAUCUAGGUGCACCAAAGGUGAAUGAAGAAUCGAAGGUUGCACCUCGGUUGUUAAAGCUUACCAUUACCGAUGGCCAGUCGCAGUACAUAGCGCUCGAGCACGAGCAUAUUCCAUCGCUCAGUCUAAACACACCGCCGGGUACGAAAAUUUUGCUUAAAAAUGGACCGAUCCGAAUUCUGCAGGGUGUGAUGAUGCUAACGGAAAAGAACGUACAAGUACUCGGGGGACACGUCACGGCAUUGGUAGAGAAAUGGGAACUCAGUCGCACGAUGGCCAAAUACGCGAAAGGUGGUCGACUUCAGUUCAGUGCAGCUGGUCCGCCACCGUGGAUUCCGUUUGGCCAGAAGAUUCAGCAACCGGCUGUUGCAAACGACAAAGAUUUCAAAAGCUUGCAGCCGAAGGAAAAAGAGGAAUCGACUGAAAAUUCUGCAUUUACUGCACUGCGUAACGAUGCAAUUGCUGAGGCUACAAAGUCGGGUACCAAGAAAACAUUCGGCGGAGGCGCUAAACAGAUGGUUGACGCUAAUGUGCAGAAAAUCAUGGAUAAAGGUUUCACAGAAGAGCAAGCGAAUCACGCCCUUAAAUUGACGCGGAACAACGUGCACCGGGCUCUAAGCAAUCUCCAGCGGAUAGAGGAUCGAAAGACACAAGCAGACUCGGCAGCAGGCGGUGGAAAAACGGACGACAGGAAGCCUGGUGGCAAGCGUGGCUUCGGCAAACGGGAUGCUGAUCUUGAACUGCAAUCGAAACCUUCCGGCAAGGUGUCCCUUUUCGAUUUUUUCGGUGAUAUUUUGCAGGACAACGAAACUGCAGCAUCGGGCGCUUCAAGCAACGCUGGCGGUAGAAAAACAAGCAAAGAAUCGACCCCGCACGAAAAGGAUCUCAACCGUGCUCGAAGCGAUAGUGCUGGUAGGCAUACGAACAAUAAUCGGCACCAGGGCUCUCAGAACCAAUCAUCAUCGAAUCGAGCCCAACCUGAUGUCAGUGGCAAUAAUAAUGCAGCCACUGGUCUGGUCAAUGGAGGUGGUUCUAAAAAUUACAAUCAGCGGUUUGAAAAUAAUAUCUCAAGCAGUUUUGCCAACCGAAAUACAACCCUACCAAGUAGUGGUGGAACUGGUCGAGGCGAUCGUGGUCGCGGUGAUCAGCAACAUCAAGGACAAGGGCAAUAUGGAACUGCCCAUUCACAGCAGCGUGACCAGCAAUCCAACUACAAACAAGCGGACUAUUACGGUUCCACUGGUGGGACCGGUCGGUAUCGGGGCGGUAACGAAAAUCAAUCGUCUAGUUCCACCCAUACAGGCGGUUCAUCCAGCAAUCCGUCCACAGGUUCUGGAUCGCGAGGGGGAAAUUCUCGUGCGAAUGAUUCAAAGUACAAUCAGCAACACCCAUCAUCUGGUGGCUCGGGUUAUAACCACAAUUCGCAUCAACAGCGCCAGGACGGAUAUAAUAACAACAGCAGCGGUACUGGUGGUGGAAAGUAUGGUGCAGGAGGCGGCAAACAACAGUCCAACAACGGACCAAGCUAUGGUAACAACAGCAACUACAGUUCGGAAGGACGUAAUCAGCAUCAACAGUCUCAACAUGGUCAAACCGCAAACGACGGACGAGUUUCGGGUGGUAGCGGCAAAUCCAGCUCCGGAACCCAAAACGCCGCACCUCAGCAUCAACAAUCAUCUUACGGCAACACUUCGAAACAAACCAACUACAACAAUCAGCAACAGAGUUCCGCUUCUUACAACAGUAAUGCGGCUAAUGGCAAUAAUUCGUCUCAUGGCCAAUACAACCAAUCUACAGGUACUGGCAAUCAUGGAAAUAAUUACAAUGCCACUGGAUCAAAGAACUCUAGCAAAGGCGGUCGCUACGGAGGAAAGGAUGAAUCUCUUAAAUACCCUGGAGCUGGGGGAUCACAAAACACGAUCGCUUCCUCUCAGCAGAAUAAAAAGGGUCCUUCGAAGGCCCACGGAUCGCAACAGCAUCCAAAUGCGGCUCAAAGCAAUUCAUCAGAUCAUCCACAGUCAUCCUAUGGCUCAUCUGGUGGAGGAAAGCAAAACGCAAAUGCGGCUAACAAAGUGCAUCAGGUUUCAGAGCAACUAGGUGGCAUGCAGAUCUCUGAUAGUAAAUCAACAGGCCAUAAUGCCUCGGGCAACCGUAACACCAGCGCUUCUAACACGUCAGGGUCCUCUACGCAGGCACACAAGUCUGUAUCGAUGAAGCAAACUAAUCCCAAUAAUCACCCGUCGGCGGUGCAGCAGCAGCACGCACCCCAAAUUGCCUCUCCUUCAGGAGUUCUCCCGACAAUGCCUUCACCGAGCCCAGGAGGUCCUUCGCCAGUAGCUCCGGUAUCGUCUUCCCCGGGAGUUGGAACGGGCAGUAACGCUACACAGAGUGUACCGAAGAAUCUUAUUCAACUCCCGAACGGGUACAACUACAAUCCGUACCAGAUUAUGGGAUUCCAGAACAAGCAGACGAAUGAGUUCGCGCUUAACGUGCUUAAGAGCCAGCAGCAGUAUGAUCCAAUGCAGCAGCCACCUCACUUAGGAGCCCCGGGUCCCGCUGCUGUACCCCCGACGGUUUCGCCAGUGGGACCCAAUGUUGUGCCCAUGGGACCCAAUGUGGCUCCUGCGGGUGUACUAACGCAAACUCUACCCCAACCACCACCCGCCUCAAUAAUUGGUAAUGUAACAAGCCCGGGGCAUGGUUCAAUUGCAGCGUCUGGCAUGGCAAUGGCUCCGGCUAUAGCACCGAAUGCAGCGAUGUCAACUGUAUUUCCAAAUUGGAAGAUUGGUGAUCGAUGUUUGGCCAAGUAUUGGGAAGAUGGUGGGUUCUAUACUGCUGAAAUCACGGAUACUUCAAAGAACACGUUUGUGGUACAUUUUCUCGAGUAUGGCAACUACGAGGAGGUGUUGAAGACGGAUUGUAUUCCGAUCGCGCAAGCAACCUCGCCCGUGGCCCCCGCACCGAUGUCGCUAGGUUACCAUCCUGCUCCCGCCACUGCGCAUAUGCCGCCGCCGAAUCAACAGGCAGCCCCCGUGCAGUAUGCUUCUCACCCGGGCCAUCUCCAUCAUCCACAUCAGCAUCACCAUGGACACGUUCCUCCGCAUCACCCCCCUCCAAUGACGGCUGCACCGGGACCCUAUCAGGAUGUGAGCCACGGCGCUGCACAUGGUCACUAUGCGCCAUUCAAAACAGGACCAAUGCCUCCGGUAGCAAAUACGCCACUGCAAACAUCUCCUGGACAAGGUCCCCUUGCAUCGGCCAUGAAUCAGUUUCAGCCUGCGCAGCACCAUCUGCAUCAUGUACCAGUGCAACAACAGCAUCAGCAACAACAUCAUUCCCAACAGCAACCGCAGCCGCAGGGUGGACAUAUUUCGCAACAUCACCAUCAGUCCCAAAUGCCACCACAUGCACAGCAGCGGGCUGUGGGAAAAUUUCGAGAACGGCCAAUGUACGUUCCACCAGCGCAACGGAAGUAA